AUGACCCCGGACGAGUCGGGCCCGGCUUCGCUCGAACGAGUGUUCGCAGAAAAGAGCUUCUUGAGAGCUUUUCCAGUGGCGCCAGAUGAAUUGGGCGCGGUUGAUUCCAAUGGCUUAUCAAACUUGGAGAAUGGUCUCGUAGGGCCCGAGGGAGACGAAGGCGGUGCACCUUCGCCGCGGGUUUCGUUGGCGAAACGCGUGAGCACCCAGCAGAACGUUGCCUCCCGCGCAGAGGUGCACAACCCGUAUAACACCGGUUUCCUGGGAAGCAAGUUCGCGUUCCUCCUGAACGACGUUUUUCAUAUGGCUCUCUUCGGCAUCGGAGGAACGCUCGCCCGCACCGGACUCGACCUCGUGUUCGGGCCCUCGGUCGGGGCAGUGACCUCUGAAUACAGCGCGGUUUUCAAAGUGCUACCACCGAAUGCGCUGGGCUCGUUUCUCAUAGGCUUUUUGAUUGGUAGCGAUGAUGCUUUCCAACCGCACAUGCCGUACAUACAUACUGGACUGGCGACAGGUCUCUGCGGUUCCCUAACAACGUUUUCGAGCUGGAAUCAGCAGCUAGUUGCGAUGUUUGCACGCGGCAAGAGCCCAUCGAAUCAGUGGCUCCGCGCGCUAUUCGCUCUGGUCAUUGGGCUGGAGAUCCCGAUCUUCUCGUUCACGCUCGGUUUGCACACUGAACGAUCCAUUCGAUUUUUCCUCAUAUCGCAUGUCUACGCCCGUCGAGACGAGGAGCUUGCCCAACUCUACCUCCGAUAUCGGGAGCUGCGCUCGCGGGCAAGGCAACCGCGACGCUCGCUGUCGGCUGUGGAUGAGGUCGCUCGCGCAGCAGCGGCGCUCACCGGUGGCCACGAUCGUUGGGGCCGUCGUCGCCCCAAGAUCCCCAUCGGAUCCCAUGAGGAUAUUGCAUACCACCGCCGACGUUUCUAUGCUUUUGUGAUAUGCGGUGUCCUGAGUGCAAUCCUGCUGACCUUAGCAGCUGUCGGUGUUGGCUUGGAUCCCGACCAGACCCGCAAAUCUUACUGGAUGGCGUGCAUUUUUGCACCGUUCGGCGUGAUCCUACGAUGGCAACUCUCGGUGCAUCUCAAUGGGCGACAUCCGUGGCUCCCGCUCGGGACGCUUGCCGCAAAUGUGCUGGCUUGUUGCUUUGAUGCGGUUGCAGAUGGUGUACUCUUGCGGGUGAGCUCUUUUUGGGUCGUCGUCAUGAUGAAAGCGUUCGUCCUCGGGUUCAAUGGCUGCCUGAGUACAGUAUCGACUUUUGUAGGCGAGCUCUACCGCGAGCGAAACAUUGAGUACGCUUACGCAUACGCAGGUAUCAGUGUGACGAUCUGUCUGACGCUGGGGCUCGCGAUUUACGGUCCCCAGUACUGGACACGCUGA